UUACAGGAAUUCAUGGAGUACAAGAACUUGGAUGUGUGUAUUGACUACAUUCAAGAUUGCAUGCUUAAGCUAGGACAUUUUGAUGGUCUAAUGGGAUUUUCACAAGGUGCUAUUCUUUCAGCCACUUUGCCAGCAUUGCAAAAAAAAAGGUACAUAUCCAUGGCCAUUGGUUUAGCACUUAAUAAAGUUCCUCGAGUAAAAAAUGUGAUCAUAAUUGGAGCAACCUUUUUAUGCCCCAUCAUGGCUGAGAAAGCUCAUCCACCAGGAAAGAAUUCUUGCAAUUCUCUACACUUUUUGGGCGAGACAGACGUUCUAAAAGAGCGUGGGAUUAAGGUUUUGGAAUCCUUUGUUAACCCGUACGUUAUUCAUCACCCCAGAGGCCACACUAUCCCAAGACUUGAUGACAAGGGUGUUCUGAUAAUGCAAAAGUUCCUUGAAGAGAUUCAGAAGGGCGAAGAAGAAGAAAAGGAAGAUGUUAUCUCAGCAGAUGAAUGA